AUGACGGUGACGCAAAGGUCGAGACUUGCAAGUCACCCGGUGGGCUCUUGGACCUUAUCCGAUGGUUCAGGAGACUUUUGGCUUCGUGACUUCCUGCCUCACGAUCUCCCUAACGCUCGAGUUCUCAUCUACGGUUAUGAUUCUAAGCUUGACAAUAGUCGCUCCACAGACAACAUUGAGACUAUGGGUAAUGCCUUGCUACAGAGUCUCAAGGCCUUGAGAGCAUCCACCCAGACGAUUCUUAAGGCGCACGACAAACGGGACGAUGAUGACGGAUGCAGGGGUAUUGCUGACGGCUGUUAUGCUCUACUCAUGUUUGGUGUCCCAAAUACAGGGUUGAGAAACCGUGAGGAGUUGCAAAGAAUAGUCGGCGGUCAGCCCAAUGAAAGCCUCAUCAACGAUCUGGUUGUUGACCGAAACGGCCAGCCAAAGGCUUACCUCAGAGGUCUUAUGACGCAAUUUGCGACACGGUGCGAAGACAGAUAUAAAGUGGUCUGCUUCUAUGAGACGAGAAUCUCGCCCACUAUACAGAGGCAAGAAAGUGGACAGCUGGCUGAAUCGGAUGAGGCAAUGCUCCUCGUCUCCGUCGAAUCUGCCACCAGCGUCGGAUUGACAACCCUCCGUCAUCAAUACAACGUCAAUCUUCCGAGAGAUCAUUCUGGCCUCUGCAAGCUGAACAGGACAGAUGACUAUGAGAUAGUCCUGGAGAGGUUGAAGCCUCUAGUUGAAGAGGCUGCCUCUCGUCCAAGGAUGACAAUGCCUGGUCCAGAUGAUAAGCAUCUUGAUAGUAGCCAUUAUCGUCAAUGGCUGGGCAACAACCCUCCGAAUACCGAGAGUCCCGAGCUUGAAGAUUUAAGGAGAACCGAUCAUGUGGAUAUACGCAUAUGUGUAUCACGUCGAUAUACACCAACCUUUAGCCACCUCGAACCGCCAACAACCGUGAUUAGGGUUGAGGACCAUAUUGGACAUCUGGUGAAGGCGUUUCUGAAAGACGAACUAGCCAAAAUGCACGACAAUAAGCUCUUUCACUUUUUCUUCCCCCGGCUCGAGGACCAUGUUUUGAACGGCUACCUGUGGGCAUCGCUAUUCCUCGACAGAAUCAAGGCCGAGGCGAGUAUCUCAAGGCGUCUAGACCAAUUCAAGAUAUUGGAUCACAUACCACACAAAGUUCAGGAAAUGUAUAAGGAUGUCCUGAGUAUGCUGGAUAAGUCCCACAAUAUCCGCGCCGUCCGACUGCUACAAACAGCCCUGGUCGCAGUCGAGCCCAUGACCCUCAACCAGCUGAGACUUGCUCUAGGAUUUAUGGAAGAAUUCCCAUUCUCUAGUAUCCAAGAGUGGGAACAAUCGAGAGCCAGGGAGCCAACAGGCGAGCACUUCGUCACGUGUCUCCGCGAGCUCACGUAUGGGCUACUUACAACUUCCCUACCCAAAGUUUCAUACUUUUUCAAUUACCAAAAGUUCUCUACCAGACCGAUACCAGUUCCUCAGGACACUCCAAUCGUUUGCUUUACCCACAGCACAACGGAGAACUUCUUCCGAAAUGCUGCCAACGAUGGAUGGAACGAUUUGGCCAAGGAACUCGUGGACUCAAAGUCUAAUCUUGCUUUACUGGAAGCGUGUUUCCGAGCUCUUGCGAUCUUUGGAUCAGAAGAGGACAUUGAGGAAUUCACCUUUAUCAACUAUGCAUGCGAGUUUUGGCUCCACCAUGCAAGAGAGGCAGACAAUCUCCUUGACACUAUUGAUAGAGGGAUGAUACCAGACUUUGUCUUGCGAUGCACAAACGUCACGACUCUCCUACUAAAACGUCAAAAGAAACUGCUGGAACGAUCUCACGCAAAAGAGCACCUUGGAUUGAAUCAACCGCAAGCGGGCUUCAUGACUUAUGCCGCUACUUUUGGCUGCACAGGCCUUUUAAGAAUGCACCUGAAGGAGUGCCAACAAUGCACAGACUUGAACAACCCCCAACUCCAAACAGUUCUCAGGACCGCUCUGCAGAGUUCCAUCACCUGGGGGUGGUAUGAGACGGCCGAAUAUCUCAUUUCCGUUUACUGCAGGGCUGGCUUUUCUCUCGAAAACGACGGGUUCCUCCUUUACAAAGCAUGCUAUGCGGGAGACAUCAAAACAGUCGAGUUCCUUCUCAGUAAAGGGGCAGACGCUUCUGUCGAGUAUCAUCGCGGCUAUAUAUUCCCUCUCCACGCCGCUAUAGCAAAGGGUCGUGCCGAUAUCGUUAACCUUCUUUUAAGUAGAGCAGGUACGAAUGCCCCGUCACUACUUGCCCAGAAGGGAAUAGAGUCAGCGACUACAGCGUUCCAUUUCGUUAUCAACGUUCAGAGGCCGUCUGCUAGCAAAGGCGCCAUAUUGGAGAAGAUGUUACUGUACAUCCCGAAGGGUAGUAAAGUACUAGAGGCUAAAGACAGAAAUGGAAACACACCUCUCAGUCUGGUGGAGAAGUUAAAAGCCAAAGGACAGGUAGACAUUUGGAGGUUAAAAGCAAGUCUAGAAGGAAAAUAUGAUGAGGUAGAAUAA